ACAGGAAGAUGGUGCCUUGUAAUUUUAAUGGUUCAGAAUAGUACAACCUCGGUUUGCUUGAGUUCAACAAUUUCAACUACAUUCAGAAUUUAACAGCAGUACUGACAUGAAAGGAGCUAGCUUCCAGCCUGACUGGAUAUCUAAGUAUAACCUCCUUAAUUGGUGAUCAGACAAAUUAACAGAAUGUAGACAGUCAUUAUGCUAUACAAUCUUGACACUUCAUUACAGCCGGUCAUGUUGACAAGUUAUGCUACACUAUGUGAUACAAAUUAAUAUAUAUAUAUAUAUAGAUAUAUGAUUCACAUGAGAUGGGUUUUACCAAGCUUGAAGGAGACUGAAGAUGCAUGGUGUGGCCUCCGGUCCCAAGAGCAUAAUGAGACCAUGGAUUCAAGGUCCUACUGAAGGCCUUGAUGGGUGACAAGAAAAUUUUAUAAAUCCCCAAGUAUGUCUACUGUCGCCAUAAAUAUUGGGAACUAUCAAAGGUGAUCAAUUGAUUGUAAUUAGAUUAAUUCCUUGUAAAAAGCUUCUGUCUCAGAAAACACAGAAAUCUAGGUUCAUUCCAUCAUUGCAAGCCCUUGUGAGAGACCAAAAGAAAACCAUAUAUUAAGACUGUAGUUAUACUUUGGUGCAAUUCUCAUUUAAAUAACACGUACAUGGAACAAAAUAUUUUUAUAAGAUUUCUUUAUUGGAAAAAUAAAAAAAGAAGGGUCUCUCUUAAAAACAAAGAAAAGCCAUGGAAGAUGUGUGGGGAUUCAAUGAUUUCUUAUACCCCAACCAAAAGGAAAUUAAUUAAAGGAGGGUUUGAGUGUUUGGGUGAUGACCCACUGAAUCAUGAGCAUCCAGACCCUUCAAUUGGUGCUGGUGGGUCACUCCAUGGAUGUCUGAGCUGAUCGGGAGUGUUUUGGUUGUGACCCCACUGAAUCAUGAUCCAGAUCCUUCAAUUGGUGGGUCAGGCUGCAUGCAUGGAUGUCUAAGCUGAUCGGCCGGGAGUUGGGUUGAUUGAAAAUGAGAGACCCCUUGGGUUCAUUGCAUAGUACAACAAUAGUUAGAAUAUUUACCAGAGCACUAUUUAUUGAAUGAUGUCGAUCGAAUUGGCAAAGUUUGGAAGACAUGAUUCAUACCACCUAGAUUUCUGAAUGGUCCCAAAACAGUCCAGAUCAUCCCAUGUUUAACCCUUGAGCGUUUAAGCUCCCUAAGCUUGUAUAUAUAGAUAUCAGGGACCCAGUUUUCUCCAUCUGCAAGCAAGUUAAUUGGCACAGAAUUCCAUGGAAGGACUCUGGCACGAACAUACUAUGGGCGUUGCCGCCGAGACAGAUUUCUGUGAUACCUUCUCAUCCUUCGGCAUGGGCACACAAGAUCAAGAUCAAGACGAAGACCGGUACUCGGAGUUCGAGUUUGGCCAUGUCAUUCCUGAGUACCCGACUACUGAUACUACCGACGAUCAUGAUGAAUCUGAUUUCGAGUUCGGUUGCAUCACACCAGACUCUCCGGCUAAUGAUCCGGACAAGAACUACCCAGCUGACGUUUUGUUCUACAAUGGUCGGCUUCUACCACAUGCGUUUCCAUUUCAACCGGUAAAAGUUGCCGGGAGUGGGUGUUCUCGACUGAGCCGUUGCACCAGCAGCAGCGUUAGUAGCAGGGACUCGUUCAUGUCGUCUCGUAGCAACAGCAGCAAUAGUAGAAGCAGCUGCUGCAGUAGUGCUCGAACGAGCUACAGCGAAAACUCAGAGAGGAGACCAUCCAUUUCGGACAAGAGAGUUGCAGCUCGACCACCAAUUACUGGAAUGAGAAACCAGGCGAAUAGGCCCAUGCCGCCUCAUCAAAGAUGGCAGUUUAUAGCGCCAGCACCAAUUUUGACACCAUCCAAGGAGGUUUCCCGCAGAAAGAAGACUGGAAUUUUGGUGCAAGAAGACCUGAAAUCCAAGAAAAAAGUCAAGGAUAAGAAGAAAUCUGCACGCUCAUCGUCUGGCUGGCAGUUUCUCCGAUCAUUUUUGUUAGCUUGCAGAGAAUGCCACUCUCUCCAGCCGACCUUGAAAGAGAAUCAGUAAAUAGAUAUAUAUAUAUAUAGAUCUCGAGUAACGGCUAUUUAUGGUUCUGGGGUUCUCAUUAUCUGCGUGAAAUCGCUUGAUUACUGGGUUUGUAAUAAUUUCUUCUUCAUUCCAUAAUUCUCUGAUCUGCAACUUGUUCACUUGUAAAAAAGAAAAAAAAAAGCAU